UCAAAGCUCUUAAAACUCUGUCGAAAUGUUUAAGUUCGAAAUAUAUUUAGUGUACGCUUUUGUCGUUUGCAAUCUGUACAGCAUUGUUAAAUCCCAGGAAAAUGUGGAUUCAGUUUGUAUUCUGAAGGAUGCCCCAAGUCAAUGUGGGGCAUUCUGCCUUUCCGCUCAACGGCCAUUCAUUGAUCACAAUUACAAGGUUCAGAGGCAGAUGGAUUCCAUUUCUGAAAUUUUAAAUGAAAACCAGAAGAGGCUGGACAGGAUUGAAGAAGCUAUACUGGCGGUACAAAAAGAGUCUCGGAAUAAUUUUGAAACAAUUCAACAAGUUGCAGUGACGUCACAAGAGACCAAGAUGAACAGAAUCGAAAAAGGAACUCUGGAGACUCAGGCAUCUAUGGAGAGGAUUCAAAGAGAAAAUCAGGACUCGAUGGACAGAAUUUUCCAACAGGUCAAGAGCAACUCAAUGGGCUUCCAGUGGAUCGAAUCUCGAUAUUUUUAUAUAGAAAAUAAUUUUAAACAAACCUGGAUUAACGCUGAGGACACCUGUCGUAAAAUGGGAGGUCAUCUAGCAGCUUUCCAAAAUCAGAAAGAAUUAAGCGCCGUCACUUCGAAACUGCAUCAGGAUAUUUCUUACUGGGUGGGCAUCACCGAUCGGGAAAAGGAAGGCGAGUUUGUAACAGCCUCCGGCAAUCCACCAAUAUUUUUGACUUGGAAUAAGGGAGAACCCAACAACUACGGUGGCAAUGAGAACUGUGUCAACAUCUGGAACGGGAUAAUGAACGACAUCCCGUGCGAACUUCAACGUUAUUAUAUUUGCCAGUCCGACAAUAAAGUAUAAAUAGAAGUACAAACAAUUAAGUGUCGAAAUUAGACAGUACUUAACUUACCCAUCAAAAAUGUUCAUAUUUUGUAGAAUUUUUUAUUCAAAAACUAAAAAAAUAUAUGUGAAGUGUGUACAAAUUGGAUGUUUUAAAAUUACCUGACAAUUUUUUACGCUUUUGUUGCCC